AUGGCCGGACAGUCGCCGGCAGGAGGGGCUUCCUCCCACGCGCAGUCCUCUCUACCAUCAUUGCCGGCACAUUUGCAAUCAGAUACCCAUUUGACAGCUCACUUAGCCAGCCGGUUCCAUGUCGGUCUGCCAACCGCUCGCCUUUCCUCCCAGGCUCUGAUCAGUUUGAACACAUUCACGUCCUCAACCAAAGGCCCCGAUGGCGGUAAAGAAGGUAGCGCAAUGGGGGAGGCUGAGGAUCUCGCCAAACGUGCCUUUGCACGUCUCGGCGCCAGGGGGGAAAACCAAGCCGUUGUCUUUCUAGGAGAGAGUGGUUCUGGAAAAACGACAAUCCGCUCCCACUUGUUGUCCUCCUUCCUCUCGUUCUCCUCGACCCCGUUGUCCUCGAAAUUAUCCUAUGCUGCCUUCCUCUUCGACACUCUCACCACCACGAAGUCCUUGACCACACAAACGGCAUCCAAAGCCGGGCUCUUCCUGGAACUGCAAUAUGACGGAUCGUCGUCCGUGAACCCGACCUUGAUUGGCGGCAAGAUCAUCGAUCACAGACUUGAACGCAGUCGCAUUACCUCCGUGCCCACUGGAGAGCGAAGCUUUCACGUGCUAUACUAUCUCCUGGCCGGAACCAGUGCUGCCGAGAAGGCUCAUUUGGGCUUCGACAACUCCGUUCACGUCUCGACCUCUUCAGGGUCAGUUGGCCACAAGAGAUGGAGGUACUUGGGUCAUCCUACCCAAUUGAAGGUUGGUGUGAAUGACGUGGAGGGCUUUCAGCACUUCAAGACGGCUUUGAGGAAGCUGGAAUUUCCCCGUAGCGAAAUUGCCGAGAUCUGUCAGAUCCUGGCUAGUAUCCUUCACCUGGGACAGUUGGAAUUUGCCAGCGGGCAAGCCACCAUGACCUCCGCGGAGGAAAGUGGUGGAUACUCACAUGAGGGUGGAGAGACGGUCACUGUUGUCAAGAAUAAAGACGUGCUCUCCAAUGUCGCUGCAUUCCUUGGACUAUCAGUCGAAGACCUGGAAAACAGCUUCGGCUACCGAACCAAGACUAUCCAUCGCGAGCGAGUGACGGUCAUGCUGGAUCCUAAGGGUGCCCGGCAGAAUGCUGAUGAACUUGCCCGUACUAUCUACUCGCUCCUCGUGGCGUAUGUGAUUGAAACAGCCAAUCAGAAGAUUUGCGCCGCGGAGGACAGCGUUGUUAACACUAUUUCCAUCGUUGACUUCCCCGGUUUCGCCCAGGCUUGUGCCACUGGAUCGACCCUGGAUCAACUCCUCAAUAAUGCAGCCACUGAAUCUUUGUACAACUUUUGCUUGCAAUCCUUCUUCGAUCGCAAGGCCGACGAAUUGGAACGAGAAGAGGUGUUGGUCCCGGCGACAAGCUACUUCGACAACACUGAUGCUGUUCGCGGUUUGCUGAAGCACGGUAAUGGAUUGCUGAGUAUUCUCGAUGAUCAGACCAGGCGUGGAAGGACCGAUACCCAGCUCUUGGAGUCUCUGGGGAAGCGCUUCGAAAACAAGAAUCCUGCUAUUGUUGUGGAGAACUCCAAGAGAACGAGUUUGAUUUCGCAGAAUGCUCGGGCUGCAUUCACCGUGAAACACUUUGCUGGCGAGAUCGAUUAUUCUGUCACGGGCCUAAUUGAGGAAAACGGAGAGUUCAUCUCUGGCGAUUUGAUGAAAUUGAUGAAAUCUACCAGAAGCGAGUUCGUGCGGGAACUCUUCGGACAAGAGGCUCUGCAGACAGUUACCCAUCCCAAAGAGAAGACGGCCAUUAUGCAAGCCCAAGUCAGUUCAAAGCCCUUGAGAAUGCCCAGCAUGGCCAGGCGCAAGACUAGCCCAUCUGCACGACUAGCUUUUGAUGCGCCUGCGAUGGGAGAUGCGGAUGAGCUUGAAAGUCAAGCGGACAGCAUAGCCAAGGAUUCAUCGUCGGGCCGACGGAAAAGCGCGAUGCUUACGAGCGGCAUACAAGGGGCAGCCGGCCAGUUUCUGUCCUCCCUCGAGAUCGUCAAUAAGUGCUUGAGCUCGACGAACUUGAAUCCUUACUUUAUCUUCUGCUUGAAGCCUAACGAUCGACGUAUCGCAAAUCAGUUCGACAGCAAAUGUGUACGGGCACAAGUCCAGACAUUUGGUAUUGCUGAGAUCAGCCAAAGGCUACGCAAUGCAGAUUUCAGUGUCUUCCUCCCAUUUGCCGAGUUUCUUGGUCUUGCUGAAAUCGGCAACGUUGUGGUUGGCAGCGACAAAGAAAAGGCUGAGGUUGUUCUCGAUGAGAAGCGGUGGCCAGGAAAUGAAGCGAGGGUGGGAAGUACCGGUGUCUUCCUCAGCGAGCGCUGCUGGGCUGAUCUUGCGAAAGUCGGCGAGCGUGUCGUCCCCGUCUACAAUUCGGAAAUGUCCGAUGAAGGAGGCGACGGCCUGCUUCAUCCUCGGACCGCAGCGUACACCGACUCUAAAGUACGACUUCUCAACCCCGCUGACCAGUCUCCUGGCGCGUUCAUCUAUGGCGACGAGGCUAAACAAGGUUAUUUUGGAAGCCGUGAUCUCGAUGGACGCUCUGAGGCAGGGAACUCUGCAUUCAACUCGGGAGACAUGUUCCGGAAUUUGGAAACAAAGGAACAGAUGCUUGAGAAGGGCAAUGAGAAGAAGAUGGAAGAAGUGGAUGAUGCUCCGGUCUCCGGAAGUCGUAAGCGUUGGGUAGCGCUUGUCUACUUGCUGACAUUCUACAUCCCUGAUUUUGCGAUCAAGUUCAUUGGCCGCAUGAAGCGCAAAGAUGUGCGCAUGGCCUGGCGUGAGAAACUCGCGAUCAAUAUGAUCAUUUGGUUCAGUUGCGGUGUCGCCAUCUUCUUUAUCGUCGCUUUCCCCGGUUUGGUUUGUCCCACGCAACACGUCUACUCAGCAUCUGAAUUGUCUUCACAUGAUGGCAAGGACGGACACACAUCUUUCGUUGCUAUUCGUGGUGUGGUCUUUGACUUGGGUAAAUUUAUGCCGUCCCACUUUCCAGAUAUCGUGCCGCAGUCUGCGUUGAAAAAGUAUGCCGGCCUUGAUGCUACUGGUCUUUUCCCUGUGCAAGUCUCGGCAUUGUGCCAGGGCAAAUCAGGGGCGGUUGAUCCUACGGUACUUCUGGAUUACAGGCCGACGAAUAUCUCGGGAUCAGUAAAUACCAUCAGCGGUACAGAUACCAAUUCUGUCUAUCACGACUUCCGUUACUUUACCAAUGACUCCCGCCCAGACUGGUUCUAUGAACAGAUGGUGAUGCUCAAAUCAAGUUACUUGAAGGGCUACGUCGGCUACAGCCCACAAUAUCUGACAACCCUCGGCAAGAAGUCACAGUCGAUCGGCAGCAUCAACGGCAAAGUCUACGAUUUGAGCAGUUACAUUGCCGGAGGGCGGCUGACAAGAGCGCCUCCUGGAAAGUCGGUUCCUACUGAUGUCGACACGGACUUCAUGGAUUCUAAUGUUGUACAACUCUUCCAGGGCCUCCCUGGUCAGGAUUUGUCAAAACACUGGGAGAAUCUGAAAAUCGAUGCGGGCAUGCGUCACCGUAUGCAGCUUUGCCUGGACAAUCUCUUCUUUGUGGGCCAUGUGGACACACGUAACUCGGCACAGUGCCAGUUCGCCCAGUAUUUCAUCCUUGCGAUUUCGAUUCUCAUCUGCUCCAUCGUCGUCUUCAAAUUCCUUGCGGCUCUACAAUUCGGUAGAAAGAAUGUCCCUGAGCAUCUGGACAAAUUCAUCAUCUGUCAAGUGCCCGCCUAUACGGAAGAUGAGGAGUCCCUCCGUCGUGCUAUGGAUUCUAUGGCACGCAUGCGAUACGAUGACAAACGCAAGCUUCUGGUGGUCAUUUGUGACGGUAUGAUUAUUGGGCAAGGAAACGAUCGUCCGACCCCUAGGAUUGUACUUGAUAUUCUAGGAGUGCCGGAGUCGGUCGACCCUGAACCUCUGAGCUUUGAGAGUCUGGGAGAAGGCCAGAAACAACACAACAUGGGCAAAGUCUAUUCGGGUCUGUACGAAGUUCAAGGUCACAUCGUUCCUUUCCUCGUCAUUGUCAAGGUUGGAAAGCCCUCUGAGGUGUCUCGUCCUGGUAACCGUGGCAAACGUGAUUCCCAGAUGGUCCUCAUGCGCUUCUUGAACCGUGUUCACUACAAUCUUCCCAUGAGCCCCAUGGAACUGGAAAUCCAUCAUCAAAUUCGCAACGUUAUCGGUGUCAAUCCCACGUUCUACGAAUUCAUCCUGCAGGUCGAUGCCGAUACAGUCGUCGCUCAAGAUUCCGCAACGCGGAUGGUGGCCUCAUUCUUGUCGGAUACACGUCUCAUCGGCGUUUGCGGAGAAACAGCAUUGACCAACGCUAAGACUUCGGCGGUGACCAUGAUUCAGGUUUACGAGUACUACAUCUCUCACAAUCUCACGAAAGCGUUCGAAUCCCUCUUCGGGUCGGUCACAUGUUUGCCUGGUUGUUUCACCAUGUAUCGGAUUCGCUCUGCCGAGACAGCCAAACCGUUGUUCAUUAGCAAGGAAGUCGUUGAGGCAUACGCUGAAAUCCGAGUCGAUACACUUCACAUGAAGAACCUGCUUCAUCUCGGUGAGGAUCGAUAUCUGACCACGCUUCUUCUCAAGCAUCAUGCCAAGUACAAGACCAAGUACAUCCAUACUGCCAAAGCUUGGACUAUUGCUCCUGAGAGCUGGGCGGUCUUCCUUUCCCAGCGUCGUCGGUGGAUUAACUCCACUGUCCAUAAUUUGAUUGAGCUGAUUCCGAUGCAACAACUUUGUGGAUUCUGCUGUUUCAGUAUGAGAUUCGUUGUGUUUGUCGAUUUGCUCAGUACUGUGAUCCAGCCUGUCACUAUCGCCUACAUCAUCUACCUGAUCUAUUGGCUUGUCAAUGAUACGUCUACGAUUCCCUACACUGCAAUCAUUCUGCUCGCAGCCAUUUACGGUCUACAGGCUUUCAUCUUCAUCUUCCGUCGAAAGUGGGAAAUGGUUGGAUGGAUGAUCAUAUACAUCCUUGCUAUUCCUGUUUUCUCUCUUGCCCUCCCUCUUUACUCUUUCUGGCACAUGGAUGACUUCAGUUGGGGUAACACUCGUGUCAUCACCGGAGAACAGGGCCGCAAGGUCGUCAUUUCCGAUGAAGGCAAGUUUGACCCCGCAUCCAUCCCAAAGAAAAAGUGGGAAGAGUAUCAGACAGAGCUCUGGGAGGCUCAGACUUCGCGGGACGACCGCUCCGAAGUUUCUGGUAUCUCUUACGGUACCAAGUCCUACCAUCCUACUCAGUCAGAGUAUGGAUUCCCUGGUUCUCGGCCGAUGUCUCAGCUUGAACUUCCCCGCUAUGGAUCUCGGAUGUCCUUGGCGCCAUCAGAGAUGAUGAGCCGGAAUAUGGACAUGGAGAUGGAGGACCUCUCGCACCUCCCGAGCGACGACGCCAUUCUUGCCGAAAUUCGCGACAUCUUGCGCACAGCCGACCUGAUGUCCGUCACAAAGAAGAGUGUCAAACAAGAAUUGGAGAGACGAUUCGGCGUGAACCUAGACCUUAAGCGCCCCUAUAUCAAUUCUGGUAAGCUUUGGAUCAUCCUUCCACCGAAGCAGUUCUUUCUGGCGCCCUCUGAUCCUUGA